AUGGUGACUGCUUUUCCCAAGAAAUGUUACCCUCCUAGCAAGAAGGCUGAAAUUUAUGACAAGAUCUAUGAAUUUAAGCAGCGACUGAGGGAACAACUUUAUGAAGCUUGGGAGAGAUUCAAGGAGUAUUUGCAGAAGAGUUCAAAUCAUAGUUUUCCGGAGCACAUAUUAAUAGAGAAGUUCUACCGAGGGCUAGAUCUAGUGACGCAGCCAGUCACUAAUAAUGCAGCUGAUGGUUGUUUUAUUAACAAAUCUUAUCAACGAGUGACCAACAUACUUGACAAGCUGACUACUCACAAUCAGGCUUGGCAUUCAAACAAUGCUGAUGUUGUACCUUAUGAGCUUGCAAAAAAUAUUUCCUUGCUAACAAAGAAGUUUGAUGAAACCCAGAUUAAGAAGGUAAAUGUUUGUGAGGAUGAUACAGUUAUGCCAAAAGGGAUGUACCAGACUCAAGAUGGUCCAUUUCAUAAUGGGCCUCCUAUGCAGGUCGAAGAUGCUAACUAUGUGAAUAACUCUCAAGGGGGUUACAAAGACAGAACUACCAAAGUGGUUACCAGAAUCAGAAUCAAUGGAGACCUCAGCAAGGUUAAGUCUAAGUCUGAGAGGACUUUAUCUGGGCUGACAAAGAUAGUGGUUUCCCAUGCAGCAGCUAUUCAGAAGCUUAAGUCACAGAUGAGGUAUAUAUCUAGAGAGCAGCAUCCUCCUAAAAAGGAAGGACUUCCGAGUGACACUAUUCCGAAUCCAAAGAAUGGGGGAGGCGGUGUAGACCGGGUUGAUACGAAGGUUGUUGAUCUUGAGCCGAUAGAUGAAGAGGAAGAGGUGCAGUCUGAAGCACAAAUUAUUAUUGAUGAGAAUCCUACUGACAAGAAGGUUGCUGAUAUUCCAGAGAUUGUGAAGGAGGCUGAUAACACGAGCAAGCAGACUAGGUUGGUAAAGAAGAAGGAAGAUGCUAAGUUCGAGAAGUUUUAUGAUCAGUUGAAGCAGUUAUCUCUGAAUUUUCCCUUCCUGGAAGUUGUCAAGGAGGUGCCUAGUUUUUCUGAAUAUUUGAAGGACCUGCUGACCAAGAAGAAAACGGUUCAACAUGAAACCGUGAGUUUGACUCACACUGUGAGUUCCAUCAUCUCAACUACUACUGUUCAGAAAAAGGGAGAUCCUGGGGCGUUCACCAUUCCUUGUUUGGGGGUGCCAAGGCUGACUACUAUGAGGUUGCAGAUGGCUGAUAGGUCUAUCAAAAGGCCUGUUGGUGUGGUUGAUGAUGUGCUUGUGCGGGUUGGUGAAUUUAUGUUGCUCGCUGAUUUUGUAAUUCUUGACUAUGUUAUUGAUCGGGACAUUCUUAUUAUUCUGGAGAGACCCUUCCUUGCUACAGGGAGAGCUCAGAUGGAUUCGGAGAAAAAUGAAAUCAAGUUCCUAGUCAACGAUGAAGAAGUUAUGUUUCAGGCAAGCAAGGGGAUGAAGUUACCAAGUGCUUAUGAGAGCAUUUCGAUAAUUGAUUCGGUUGAUAUGGUUGACGAAGCGGUGGAGUUCAAGAUGGAAAAAGAAAGUUUGGGUGAAGCUCUAGUUGGUAUUCUUGUGAACUUUGAUGCUGCGGACAUGGAGGGUUAUAUGGAGACAGUUAAUUCACUUGUUGGGUUAGGGUCAUAUUCUUACCACCCAAAGAAACUAAAUCUUGAUUUGGAAAAUAGAACAACUCUUCUAGCAAAGCCUUCGAUCAUUGAGCCACCUAAGUUGGAGCUUAAGCAGCUCCCAUCACAUCUGAAGUACCAGUUCAUUGGUCCGAACAAUGCAUUGCUAGUGAUUGUUUUAGUCGUACUGACUGAGGAGCAGAUUCUGCAGCCUUUGGAGGUAUUGUGUGAAUAUAAGUGUGCUAUUGGUUUGACCAUAACAGACAUUCGGGGUAUUCCAUUUGGGAUCUGUGAGCAUAAAAUCAAAUUGGAGGAGGAUAGCAAGCCCAGUGUAGAGCAUCAGAGGAGACUGAACUAG